GAAGUGAUGGACUUGGACGGGAGCCAGUGGAUUUCACCAAAAACUCAAAUGACUCAUAACAUCCGCCUCUUUUUCUUUGGGGAUUAUGACUUUCUUUGCAGAAUAUAUGGCCUUGUGGGUCCCAAUGGGAAAUACAGUUGCAUAUAUUGCUUCUGUAGUCAGGAUGACAUCAGAUCUAACCACCCACGCAAAGGUCUUAGAUGCCUGAAGAGCUACAAUCAAGAUUAUAAAUGCUUUGUAGAUCACGGUGAAGACCGAAAGAAAAGCAAAACAAUAUCUCAUAGUGUCAUCAGGCCUUAUAUGGUAGACAUCGAGUUAGAUAGGGUAGGUAUUGUAUAUUAGUCAAAUUAGAAUUUUAUUUCAAAAAUUUUGUAACAAUGUUAAGAGUUAAAAUAACUGUCAA